AUGUCUUCCUGGUAUUGCUGUCAGUGUGGUGACGGUGCAAACACUUCUCUGAUGCCAUCAUGCCCCAUCUACGGGUGUGGUCACAGGAGGUGUGGUUGCUGCGAGUCUGUUUACAACAAUUACAGCAACAACAACAUCAACUACGCACACUCCUCCAGCCACCAACACGCCGCACCUCUCCCAAGAGGAUCCUCCUUUUCGAAUGCAAGCAGUUUACACUACACACAAUGCCCUACUGAGCGUCCCGAACGCCCGAAGAUUUGGCGGUGGAUUUGCUGCAGGUGCGGCGGAGACAAUAGCUGCAAGACUGAUGAGGGAUGCGCUACUUGCUGCAACCACUGGCGCGAUUCUAAGUGCACGUUGUAUGAUGCCAGUACUCGAUAA